AUGCCCGACGAUGCCGAGUGUGCGAACCCCCAGCUCCUCGCCUGGGUCAAGGAGUGGUACGAUGUCGCCCGCGAACGCAACUCCAAGGGCGCGACCGUCUACAGAAACGCCUACGAAUCCCUCAAGGCAUGCCCCCUCGUCUUCCAGCACCCCGCCGAGCUCCAGCAGCUCAAGGGCUUCGGCCCGAAACUGUGCGAGCGGCUCACGGCGCAACUGCAGAAGCACUGCCAGCAGCAUGGACAGCCCAUGCCCGAGCACCCUCAGGUUAGGAAGGCUGCCGAACGGGCGCAGCAGGCCGAGGACGAGGACGCUGCAGGAGAAGGCGCCGGCAAGAAGAAGAAGAAGACGGCCAGGAAGCCCAAGCCAUACGUCCCGGCCUUUCGGUCCGGAGCCUACGCCCUCGUGCUCGGACUGUCCACCCAACCCGAGGAUUCGAACACGGGCAUGACAAAGGCCGAGCUCAUCGAGGUGUCCCAGCCACACUGCGACGCGUCCUUUACCGCCCCGCCCGAUCCCACAAAGUUCUACACUGCCUGGAACUCGAUGAAGACGUUGGUCCAGAAGGAGCUCGUUUAUGAGAGGGGCGUGCCAUUGAAGCGAUAUGCGCUGACUGACGACGGCUGGGACGUGGCGAAGCGCAUCAAGGAUACGCGCGAGUGGCAGUGUGAGAACAAAGGCGACGACGCGACGCGACCAGCCUCGACGCAUGUUCCGGAUCCGCAGCCCGGACCAGCGCCUCGUCUUGAGUCUCCACCUCCACAAGCAGAACUGCCACGGGAACAGCCCUCGCCGUACCAAAAUGUCGUUGCCGAGGGUCCCCUCGUCGCCGGAGACGGAUCGCUUCCUGACUUUACCCCUGUUCGUCUAAGCCCCGGCUCAUUCACCGUCCAUCUUGUCCUGGAUGUUCGCGAGGUCCGGGCCAAGACGGACCGCGACUACAUGCAGGACGAGCUGGCCAAGCAGGGCGUCAAGCCCAUUAUGAGGAGCCUAGCGGUGGGCGAUGCUCAGUGGAUCGCCAAGCUCCAUGAUCCGGACCUGCUGGCCAGGCACGGCGCGGAGGGGGACGAGAUUGUCCUGGACUGGAUCGUCGAGAGAAAACGCCUCGACGACUUGAUUGGCAGCAUCAAGGAUGGUCGCUUCCAUGAGCAGAAAUUCCGGCUCAGGCGAUCUGGGGUGAAAAAGGUCAUUUACAUCAUCGAGGACAUUUCGAUCGACCCAGCCACGUUGCAAAGGUACGAAGAGUCGGUCCAGUCGGCCAUUGCAUCCACACAGGUGGUCAAUGGCUACUUUGUCAAGCGGACGGCAAAGAUGGACGAUACCAUCAAGUACUUGGCCAAACUGACGGGGAUGCUCAAGAGGGACUAUGAGAGGAAGACGCUCAACGUCAUCCCCACUCAUGUCUUGACGGCGCAAAACUACCUGCCCCUACUAAGCAAGCUGCGGGAAAGGGAUCCCUUGCUUGGCUAUUACAUCAGCUAUCCCGCUUUUGCAUCGUUGGCGUCCAAGUCGGAGAUGAUGACGCUCAGGGACGUGUUCCUCAAGAUGCUCAUGACCACACGCGGCGUGACGGGCGAGCGUGCGCUUGAGAUACAAAAGAGAUGGAAGACGCCGCACGCGUUCGUCAAGGCGUUUGAGGCAUGCGGGUCGGGCGAGCUGGGCAGGAAGAGGAAACGGGAGCUCGUGUCGACGGAGCUUGACCAUCUAGUCGGCCGGACCAAGAUCAGCAAGCAGCUGGGGCAGAAGAUUGCCGAGGUCUGGGGGGAUGCUUGA